AUGCCAGUCAUCACCAAGUCUACCCGCGCGCCCGCAGCCAAGGCCGAGCGGCGUGGCAAACCCAAGGCAAAGCGCGAGGCUUCUCGCGUCAAGGUCGAGCACUCUUCUACGGCAAUCGCGACGGUCGCGGAGAGCUCCUCGUCCAAGAGAACCACGACAUCCACGGGCCCCUCGACGAAGCCUCCUAGAGUGAUCGCGCGCACAUUCAUCGACGAUGACAUCGUCUUGUUGCACUGCGAGUGCAAUUACAACUCGGAGACCAUAUAUCUGCAAUACCCCGACGGCACCCCGCUGCCCCGCCCCAAUGUCGUCGGCUUCGAGCUCAUCGACCGCCUGAUUCGGUCCCCUAUGGGCUGGACUGGGUUUGGCACGCCUUACCUGUACCAGGCGUCCGUCAUGAAGCGAGGCUCCUACGUGCUCAAGUACAAAGGUCGCGAGGUCUGGUCGUAUGGUCAGGAUGACUUGGCCGAGAUGGAAAAGGAAUACGAGGAAGCCAAAGAGACACCCGAGGAUCUCGAAAGAUGGGACAGGUUCAUGGCGUUCUAUACCGAGAAAUCGAAGAUCGUCAGAGAGGUGGAUGAGGACCGAAUCCUAGCUCGAUUUGGCGAAGACUCCAUUGCAUACGACGAUCCUGACGAAGAUUUCUAUCCCGAGGAAUUCUAUGUACGAAUUGAUACUGAGUUGACGCACGAGUGGAGGGAGUACAAGCAGCGCACCGGAAAGGCCAUGCAGUACGGCCCUAUACCGGUUGUCAAGUCUUGA